AUGGCGGAUCAGGAGGAUGUGAUUACGGGACUUCAUUUGAGUAUUGGAGCUUCUGAUGAUGAGCUCGAUGAUGAACUGAUGGAGAAUGAACCUGAAAACCUUCAUGAAGGACAACGUGAACGAACUGAAACUACUCUGUUUAGGCCAAGGCGUCGCUGGUGGUUGAGACAGAUUCAAACUGAACCAAGGUCGCAGCCGACGAACAACAACACCGAGGAGACGAUGGAACCGACUGCCGAUGCUGGUGACCAGAGGGUCGCAGCAGCAGCAGGAGGAGGAGGAGGAAACAUCAUCAACGACAAAACAUGCAACGUGACAAAUGGCGCCGACGAUGGUGGCAACGGGAGUGGUGAGUCUGGUGACGACACCAGCCUUUUCGAAUGCAGUAUAUGCAUGGAAAUGGCGAAGGACCCAGUCGUCACCUGCUGUGGUCACUUGUUCUGCUGGCCAUGUCUCUAUCUGUGGCUGCACGUUUACUCCAACGAAAACGAAUGCCCAGUCUGCAAAGGAGAGGUCCAGGAUGCCGACGUUAUACCGGUUUAUGGACAUGGGAACAGUUCCGGCAGCGAGGACCAAACGACGGGAAAAGCAUCGGAAUCGGGAGUGAGGAUCCCUCCUAGGCCCCAUGGGCAUCGUUUCGAAUCGGCGAGGCAGAGGUCUGAUGGGGAGAUAUCAACGUUUGAGAUCCAGCAAGUGUUCAGAGGAAUUGGCCAUGGAUCUCAUCAUAUGGAGUGGCAUCAACAUCAUUUUUCUGCAGCAGGCUCCAUUUCGAUUACUACUUCUCCACCUGUUUCAUCGCCCCUCCGAGUUCUCACCACUGUGGCACUGCGCAGAGAGGGAUUAUUGGGAGGAGAAUAUGAAUACCCACGACAGAAUUAUGUCGAUCAAGUGUCCAUGGAGUUACAGCAGAGUGCUGCUGCUGCUGCUACUUCAGUUGAAGCAGAGACCAGGCGGCGUCUACUACAAAUACAGCAGCUUCUGAGAGCUCAGGCACAAAGAGCAGCUUCACGUACAUACUUCCCAUCUGUAAUAAAUUCAUCAGCUGAAAGCAUAGUUCAGGGAUAUCUAAUUAGUCGUUCCAUGAGAGAAAACUAUAGUCAGCCUCCAGACCUUGCUCGAUCACAGCCUCAGCCUUCUCAUGACCAUGAUGAGCCUCCCCUAUACUUUACUCAAUCAUCAUCAGCUGCUGAUGACACACAGUCGGGAAGCGAGACAAUCAAUGUUGGUACAGAAAUAAUAGAUUCAAUCCGAUCACUUUCUGACUCUAGUGGAGCAGAUAGGCCAUUGGCUUCAGAUGAGGACCGUGGAAUGAAUCGCGUAACUAGAAGAAGGUUGAACUGA